AUGGAGGCCUUUCUCUUGACAGUUGUGCUGCUCUCCAUAUCAGCGCCUGGCAUUAACGCUACCUGCUACAGACCCGAUGGCAGCGAAACGGCGAACGCCCCAUGUAGCCAGCGCACUGGAACCGUGCUGUCCGAGUACAGGAACUGCUGUGCCGAGGGCGAGAUGUGCUUGUCGAACGGACUUUGCAAGAGCUCUUCGGGUUCCUCUGCCGGUGACAAUCGGUACAUCUGGCGACAGUCUUGCACGGACAAGAAUUGGCAUGAGCCGUACAUAUGUCCGAGGUAUUGCGAUGACCAGUUCGAAGACGCAGGAGGUUCUGCCGGAGAUCUCGAUGAUCGCGAAAUCCUUGCGUGCGCUGACACAGAGACUGGCAAUACCACCUAUUGCUGCCUCUACAAGGGUGAUGGAGACGUCGAUCUGGUGAACAACCCGUACAUUUGUUGUAGCGACCAUAGGAGGAUGUUCGAGGCUGCUCCAGCGAAGUACUUCGCCGGCGCAUCGAUUGCGACUAGCUGGCCGGCAAGAACUCCGCAAACGAGUUCAUCACCAACUCUAGCAGUGGACAACUCUUCAGCUUCCACCAAGGUCUCAGCGGCAUCGCCUGAGGGUAUGGCAAGUCUGAGUCCAGGCUCGAAGGCUGGCAUAGGCAUUGGCACUGUGCUUGUGGCGUCGCUUGGGGUUGCUCUGGCUUCGAUAUUCUAUCGACAAUGGCGUGGAGGUAGGGUCGCCAGGAGACGGUCGUCGAAUGACCUCCACUGCCAUCAGGAAGAGGUCAAAGAUCUUCCAACAAGGAGCAGCUGUGGCACUUGCGCCACCCUCGAUGAUCGCAUCUCGCCAGCAUCACCAAAUUCGGGCCCUUUCGAACUGCAUGUGAAGGAUCUUCGAGUAGAACUGCCCGCGAACGAGAGGGAACAGCCAGUCAAUGAAGGAUGA